ACAAGAAAUGUUCUAAAACCAUCAACCAAAACUUAAAUAUUUCUCACUGACCAUUACAAUACAACAAUAUUCCACUGCAGAAUCAGAAUCACAAUGAAGAACUUACUCAGUAAAAAUGUGGUGAAUAUUCCAAUGAAUUCAGCUGUAUGCUCAUUUGAAAAGCAACCAAAAAGACUAUUAUCCCUAUCUCCUUGCCAAGACCAUAUUCCAUCUGCAACUUCAAAGAUUUUAUCUAAAUUAAAGCAAAGAAAAUCUGUGAUUGGUAAGAUGACCAAACUGGGAGAAAGGAUGGACUGUCUUGCACAAGGCAUUCGCGAACAUGUGAGCCUAAGCCCGAAGCUAACAGAAACUGUGAAGGGAAAAUUGAGCCUUGGGGCCAAAAUUCUUCAAGUAGGAGGGUUGGAAAGAAUAUUCAAGCAGAAGUUUAAGGUUAAAGAUGAUGAAAAGCUAUUGAAGGUUUCUCAAUGCUAUUUAUCAACGACAGCUGGUCCAAUGGCAGGCCUUCUCUUCAUCUCUACUGAUAAGAUUGCUUUCUGCAGUGAGCGAUCAAUAAAGCUCUUAUCUCCAACUGGAAAGUUGCUUAAAAUCCGUUACAAGGUAUUGAUCCCAAUAAAUAAAACAAAGAAAGCAAAAGAGAGUGAAAAUAUGGAAAAGCGAUCACAGAAGUAUAUACAAGUAGUUACAGAGGAUGAUUUUGAGUUCUGGUUUAUGGGAUUCCUUAAUCAUCAAAAGACUCUAAGAUAUCUACAGCAGGCAAUUUCAUGUUCUUCAAGCAAGCUAAGAAGAUAGUUUUUUUCUCCUUUUCUUUUUUCAUUUUGUUUCCAAAUUCGCCCAUUCAUCAAUGUUAAAUGUUGAUGAAGAAAGGAAUUUACAGAUCAGUUCAAACUUGUAACUAGCUCCAUUGCUCAAGGAGGUCUUAGGUUUUGUAGGCUUUGAGCCUUAGGAGUUAAUAGUAAAUAUGGAUGUAUAGACUUAUUGUAAAAACAAUGCAAACGAAAGGCUAAUCCAUCUUUUGGGACUUGGCCAUAGUCAUGCUAUCAUUUUAAUGAAAUCUAUGGUGAAUCUUGAUUCA